ACCGAUAUUCUCUUUUGUAAACUUAGACUUCUAUAUACUACUUGACAGUGCCUGUACUAUCAUUUCACGCUUAGAUCGUUACACUUGCGAUCCCACGCUCAUGCGAGCACCGUAUUCACUAUCCUAUGCUCGAGUAGAUUUAGGCUCUUCCUUCCAGUGCAUCACACCAGACCUUCACUUCAACAGUCCUCUAUAUCAACUCUAGAAACUGUCGUAAUAUGUCUAUCCAACAGAAUUUCCCUCGGCCGCCGCCAGACAUGUACAAGUGGGUGCAGGCUGCUAAGAGGCUUAACAGGAGCUCUGAAACCAUGUGCUGGAUGUAUGAUCUCCAUGACAGUAUGUCUUGUGGCACCGAGUAUGCUCAUGGCUCGUGGGGUUACACAGUGUUGCGUACUACGUAUUCAGAAGAGGCCGAUGCUGUCUGGCCUGCCGCGCUAGAAAAGCUCAACCGCUGGGUCGCUAAGUAUGUCGUACACUACCCCCGAUUGAUGCAAGGGCGAACCGACACUACGGUUGAGGACGAGCUCGCACGACGUUUUAUCCUCGAGAUCGUAGAUAACAAGGAGCUGGAAGAUUUGCAGCUUCCAGAUAUGGCCAAGGCGAGCCAGGAUGAUAUCAAGUCCCUGACUAGCAUAUUCGAGGCCUGGCGAAGCCAGGCUAUCAAUGAUGCCGACUUCGACUCACGCUUGAACACUAGAUUUCUCGACUUUCUGAUUAUUGACGAGCCUUCUCUCCGCUCUUUGGCUUCACUACCAGACGAGACGAUACCGUUAGGACCUGUGACUCGACAGGAAAGGAGGGCCCAAGCUAAAUUUUACGAGGAUGCAUAUGUUUGGUUGAUUGAUUCGCAAGCAGUAGGACGCUAUCAAGGUAUUAAUGACGUCUAUAAUUAUAACGGACUGAUGAAGCUCGAAUUAAUCAACAUCCCCGAUGCGUGGUUCGAGAGGGUGCCGAGGUUCGACGACGAAUGCCACAUUUUCGAGCGCGGAAAGGCACCUGAUGGAUCUGGGGAUCUAUGGUACAGACCACGAUGAAAGGCGUAGAGACGUAUUUCGUACAAUGUGAAUUCCAAGUAUUUUGGCUCUUAAUUCACCAGCACUUUAUUUAUUUGUUCUCUUAAGAUAGAUUUUGUAAACUACAAGUAAUAUACUUAGAAUUUUACGGGU